UCACCAACCGACAGAGACAAAUUAUUGAGCUUCAAAAUUCAAAAGUCAAAAAUUAGAGAUAUCAAUCACUAACGUAACUAGUCGAGUGUUUGUUUUUGGAUCUGGAGGAUUUUGAUCUGUGGAAACGAAGAUGGCGGCAAACGAAACUAGUUAUCGAGUGUAUUGUGUAGGAACCGUCGAUACCAAGCUUGAUGAGCUACGAUUCCUUGCUGGAUCAGUGCGUUCAAAUAUCGGCGCAUUCUCAAACAACUCAUCUUCCAAGGUUGAGGUUGUGAUUGUGGAUGUUUCGGCGGGUACUGAUCAUAAGCAGAUCGAGAAUGUAGCUGAAUUUGCAUUUGUAACAAGAGAACAACUUCUCUCAUGUUAUUCUGGAUCGAACCAGGAGACAAAACCUCUGAAACUUCCCGAUGAUAGAGGCGAGGCUGUUGGUAUCAUGAGCAAAUGCCUUGAGAGUUUUCUUAGGCAAGCGGUUGAGGAAAAUUCCCUUGCUGGGGUUAUAGGUCUUGGCGGAAGUGGAGGAACCUCGCUGAUAUCCUCAGCCUUUAGGUCUCUCCCCAUUGGGAUUCCCAAGGUCAUUGUAUCCACUGUGGCUAGUGGUCAAACCGAGCCUUAUGUUGGGACCUCAGAUUUGGUUUUAUUUCCUUCUGUGGUAGAUGUAUGUGGUAUCAACAGUGUUAGCAGGUUAGUAUUUUCAAACGCUGGGGCUUCUUUUGCGGGUAUGGUACUCGGGAGGCUUGAGAUGUUUAGAAGCUCCUCAAGUGAGAACGGGAAAUGUACUGUGGGUAUAACCAUGUUCGGUGUGACAACUUCAUGUGUAAAUGCAGUCCAGGAUAGAUUAACUAGAGAAGGUUAUGAGACACUUGUCUUUCAUGCCACCGGUGUUGGCGGCAGAGCCAUGGAAUCUUUGGUUAAAGAAGGGCUUAUACAGGGAGUAAUGGAUAUUACAACAACCGAGGUUGCAGACCAUGUAGUUGGAGGUGUGAUGGCAUGCGAUAGUUCCCGUUUUGAUAUCACCAUAGAAAAAGGAAUACCGUUGGUUUUAAGUGUAGGAGCCUUAGAUAUGGUCAACUUUGGUGGUAAAGAUACUAUUCCUUCACAAUUCCAAACAAGAAAGAUUCAUGUUCACAAUGAACAGGUUUCGCUCAUUCGAACAACAGCAGAAGAGAAUAAAGUAUUUGCAAGGUUUAUUGCAGAUAAACUGAACAAAUCAACAUCAAAUGUUAGGGUUUGUCUCCCAGAGAAAGGUGUCUCUGCACUGGAUGCGCCAGGGAAACCUUUCUGUGAUCCGGAAGCAACUGGUGCGCUCAUAAAUGAACUGCAGAAGCUCAUUCAAACAAAGGAAGAGAGACAGGUCAAUGUUUAUCCACAUCACAUCAAUGACCCUGAGUUUGCAGAUGCAUUGGUUGCUUCAUUUCUUGAGAUUUGUCCUAAAACCUACUCACAAAUCAAACCCUCUGAAACGGCUUCGACUAAAACUAGUACUGGAGAGCAUGAUGAUGGACACAUAUCUAAGACGGGGUUGAGGCCUGAAAGGAUUCCAUACAGUCCUACAGAUUUCCCCAAUGCAAAACCAGAAACCUUGGAACGAACUCAGACCAUUUUGGGACGUUUGAGAGAUCAAAUUGAGAAGGGAAUACCAAUAAUCGGGGGAGGUGCUGGUACGGGAAUAUCUGCAAAGUUUGAGGAAGCUGGUGGGAUUGACUUGAUAGUGAUAUACAACUCUGGACGUUUUCGGAUGGCUGGAAGAGGAUCCUUAGCAGGCUUGCUUCCAUUUGCUGAUGCCAAUGCAGUCGUGCUUGAAAUGGCGAAUGAAGUUUUACCCGUAGUGAAGUCGGUGCCUGUUCUUGCUGGGGUGUGCGCAACAGAUCCAUUUCGACGUAUGGUCUAUUUUCUGAAGCAGUUGGAGUCCAUUGGGUUCGUUGGUGUCCAGAACUUUCCAACUGUAGGUCUCUUUGAUGGUAAUUUUAGACAAAAUCUUGAGGAGACUGGAAUGGGAUAUGGCCUAGAAGUUCAAAUGAUCUCAGAAGCGCAUAAGAUGGGGCUAUUGACCACUCCAUAUGCUUUCAACCCCAAAGAAGGAGAAGAAAUGGCGAAAGCGGGAGCUGAUAUAAUAGUAGCACACAUGGGUCUAACGACAUCUGGAAAUAUUGGGGCGAAAACCGCAGUGUCAAUGGAAGAAAGCGUUGUUCGUGUACAAGCUAUUGCAGAUGCUGCUCGUAGAUUCAACCCAGACAUCAUCGUCCUCUGUCAUGGAGGUCCAAUAUCGGGUCCAGAAGAGGCAGAGUUUGUGUUGAAGAGAACACAGGGUUGUGUCCAUGGCUUCUAUGGAGCAUCAAGCAUGGAAAGGCUACCUGUAGAACAAGCUAUAACAAGCACUGUUCAAAAAUACAAAUCCAUAGCGAUGAAGUGAAGUGAAGUAUAGCUCAAUUACAGACCUUUUCCUUUUGGUGCUUCUUGUAUAUUUGCACGUUUGUGGUGUGGCAGAUGUUUCCGUUUAGUGCAUGGCUUUCUAUUAUGGUUUGGUUUCUUCUCCUCAUGACUGCAGCAUCUCUUUUCUUUGGUUGCCUACUUGAUGUUUUCUUAUCUUACUUAAUAAAGAUCAAUAGGUUUGUUUGA